AUGCCCCUGAAAUCAAGAUGGGAGUUGACGCCGCCGACAUUGUCGGUUCCGACGUUCAUGUUUGGUUCUUCGUCCUCCAGCCUCAACUCGACUGAUAAAAUUAUCAUUGAUGCAAAACGCCCCAACACUCACUUUCUCACUCUUCAUACCUAUCGCGAAUGGUCCAAGAGAUUUGCUGCGGGGGUUCAGUCUACAGGACUUGAAAAUGCCGAUCGAGUGCUCCUGUUUUCCCCGAAUAGCAUCUUCUAUCCGGUGGUUGCCAUGGGUGCUUUGAUGGCUGGUGCCAUCUACAACAGUGCAAAUCCAGCCUAUACGGCGCGUGAGCUUGCACACCAGCUCAAAGACUCAGAUCCUCGAAUCGUCCUCGCUGCGGAGAGUUGCAUAGACCGAGCUCUGGAAGCCGCUGAUUUGAUUGGCUUUGACAAGAAACGCAUCUUUCUGUUCUCUGAGGUGUCUAUCGACCCUACGGAAGAACAAUCACUCACCAGUACAAAAGUCCAGCAUUGGAGUAGAUUGCUUGCAAAGCCCGAAAUUGGUCGAACAUUUGUCUGGGAAGAGCGUAACAUCGAGACGUUCUCGGAGCGCACUGCAAUCCUCAUAUAUUCCUCAGGCACCACCGGCCUCCCAAAGGGCGUUGAGUUAUCUCAUCGCAGUCUCAUCGCGAAUAUGCUUCAGCUCAAAACGAUUCAAAUGUCUGACCCCGCCGUUACUGCUCGGCGGACUCUUUGUGCGGUCCCAAUGUACCACGCACUCGGGCUGUGCUACUAUACCUUCACGGCGCCCAAAUGGGGUCUCGAGACGUACUUGAUGGAGCGAUUUAAUUUGGCAGACUUUUUGGAUCACAUUCACACGUUCAAAAUCACGGAACUGGUUCUAGUGCCGCCGAUGCUGGUAGCGAUGGCGAAGCAUCCAUCGGUUCGAGAUGGCACCUGCGACAUCAGCAGUGUCAGAAAGGUGGCAGCAGGUGCGGCGCCAAUCGGGAUGGAAGUAACACAACAAUUCGAAGAGCUUUGGAAUGGUAGAGUAAGAGUGCGGCAGGCUUGGGGGAUGUCAGAGACCCCAGCAAUCACUCUAUGCUGGGACGAACGUGAGAGCUCGGGUCCGUCGUCUAUAUCAAUCGGCGAGUUGGUUCCUGGUGCAGAAGCAAUGGUGGUCAAGGAGAACGGCGAGGAAGAAACGCGGCCAGGCGAGACAGGAGAGUUCUGGAUCCGCUCUCCGAACGCGAUGAAGGGAUAUUGGCGCAAUCCAAAAGCUACUGCCGAGACUAUCAGCAAUGGUUGGCUCAAGACCGGUGACAUUGCAUAUCGAGACGAGGCUGGAAAGUGGUACAUGGUUGAUCGGAAGAAGGAGUUGAUCAAAGUCAAGGGCGUCGCAGUGGCACCAGCGGAGCUCGAAGCUCUUCUUCUCGAACAUCACGAGAUUGUGGACGCUGCGGUGAUUGGCAUCAAGACGGCGACGGAUGAUGAGCGACCACGCGCAUACGUUGUGCUGGCACCAGGCUCGCGGCUUACUGAGAAGGAUGUCGUGGAUUUUGUCAAGGCUCGUGUUUCGACAAUCAAAAACCUGACAGGAGGUGCGGCCUUUGUUGAUGCUAUUCCCAAAAACCCGUCGGGAAAGAUAUUGCGGCGACAGCUGAGAGAGAUCGCUGCGAAGGAGACGGGGUCGAAAAUGUAG